GGACAAAUCCAAGGAUAAUAUCAAAUUAUCAAUACUUGUAUAAAUCUGGAUAUCUACUAUUUAUAUACUUCAUUCUCAACCUUGUAUGUCACUUGACCAUUUAAAUUUCCCUGCCCUAUAUAUUAUAUACUUGAAAGUGUUAGCCAAAAGUAGCACAUACCUCAUUGGCCAUACUAUAAUGGAUGGAGCAAAGCUAGUUUUUGAUGACAUGGGCUUGAAGAAAAGCCAUGUUCAAUGGGUUUUCAUGCAAAGUGGAAAUACAAAUAGUGGUUCUGAUGCAGAAUCUGAUGGAUCUGUGGAUGAGAAUUCUGUGUCUUCAUUUUUGUCAUCAGAUAUUGAAGAGGAUGAUGAGGCAACUUCUUCAUCAACAUCAUCCAGUUCUGGUCCUUUGUUUGAACUGUCUGAACUCAUGGACCAUCUUCCAAUCAAAAGGGGACUUUCGAAUUUUUUCAAAGGGAAGUCACAGUCUUUUACAUCAUUGGCAAGUGUGAAGAGUCUUGAAGAUCUAGCAAAGAAACAGAAUCCUUACAAAAACAGAGUGAAGCCAUGUAACAAGUACAAACCAAAGGGUUUGAUAGCAAAGAAGUCUUGUUCAGGAUCAUCAAAGAGAUCUAAUUUUGUAUCUUUAUUAGAAAAAACAGGUACUUUUGUGGGUACUAGUAGUUGUAGGCCUUCGAUUUCUGUUGUACAGAGCACUUUGAAUUUGUGAAUUCAUUGAGAGAGAUUUUUUGUUAA